CUGAUGAGGUUGACAAUUUUGCCGGAAAAAAUUUGGGGGGAAAUUGGAAAAUGAGUGUAAAGCGGUCCUGAAACGCAUUCCCCAGCCCCGUGAUCCAAUUCUAGCUCGGUUUUCCGAAAGUCCGUUUGAUUUGACCUUAAAGCAUCCUCAAAUUUUCUUAGACUUUCGGAACUUCAGAUUUCACAAAACAUGCAACUUCUUACGAACCCUUUGGCAAUUUAGCGGUUCGUACAAAAUCCACACCCCAAAAAGCUUCCAGUUUUGUAAACUCUGAGUUUACCUGGAAAUAUCCAGUUCAACACUAUACUUCUCAAUUUAUUCAUUCGUCUGGGAUCUGAGAAUUGUUGGGUCUUUUUACCCUCAACAAAUUAUAGACUCUUCGACAAACAAACAAACAAAUUUUACGAAGGCGCUGGGGAAUCUGUUAAUCGCAAAAAACGAAUGGGGCGUUCUCGUGGGAAUUUCCACGCUGAUGAGGACCCCAAUCAAAGGUCAAGGAGAAAAAAGAAUGCUGCUAGUGGAGAUAUUUCAGAACCUGGAGCUGCAGGUCAAGGAACAAGUGAAGGAAAAAAGGCUUGGUACCAUUGCAAUUACUGUAACAAAGAUCUUACAGGAAAAAUCCGUAUUAAGUGUGCCAUGUGCCCUGAUUUUGACCUAUGUAUAGAGUGUUUUUCCGUGGGAGCUGAGGUGACACCUCAUAAAAGCAAUCACCAUUACAGGGUUAUGGACAAUUUAUCCUUCCCUCUCAUUUGCGCAGAUUGGAAUGCAGAUGAUGAAAUUCUGCUUCUGGAGGGAAUUGAAAUGUAUGGCUGGGGGAACUGGGCAGACGUUGCUGAGCAUGUUGGGACUAAGAAUAAAGAAGCAUGCAUAGAACACUAUUGGAAUGUUUACUUGAACUCCAAAACCUUUCCUCUUCCGGACAUGUCUCAUGUUGUUGGAAAAAACAGAAAGGAGCUACUUGCUAUGGCUAAAGGUCAAGGCGAUGACAAGAAAGGGAUUCCCAUGGGGGAUCUUGGUAUAAAGGAAGAAUCUCAAUUUUCUCCAGCUAGAGUCAAGGUUGAAGAUUCUCAUAAAGCUGGUACUUCUAGCCGUUUACAGUCCAACUUAAAUUCAGAAUCGGAGUCUGGACCCUCUAGUGGCUCACAUACUGCGCCAGCUGCUAAUCAGAGGGCAUCUAAUGUGGGACGUGGAAAAGACAGUCCUGGAGUUAUUAAAAUGGAAGGUAUAUCCUCAACUAGAAAAAUAUUCUGGAGGAAAAAACCAAGUUCCUCUGGAAAUAAAGGUCCUUCUUUAGUAGAGUUAAGUGGUUAUAACCCCAAAAGACGGGAAUUUGAUCCAGAAUAUGAUAAUGAUGCUGAACAAUUACUUGCUGAAAUGGAAUUUAAGGACGGUGAACCAGAUGAUGAUCGGGAACUAAAGCUGCGCAUUCUGCGUAUAUAUUCGAAAAGGCUUGAUGAAAGAAAGCGUAGAAAGGAUUUCAUACUUGAAAGAAAUUUGUUAUACCCAAGUCCUUUUGAGAAGGAUUUAACACCUGAAGAGAGGACAAUAUGCCGAAAAUAUGAUGUAUUCAUGCGCUUUCAUACCAAGGAAGAUCAUGAGGAAUUGCUUAGGGUAGUAAUCUCUGAGCACAGAACCCGUAGAAGAAUUGAAGAGCUUAAGGAAGCCCGGGCUGCUGGUUGCCGCACAUCUGCCGAAGCAGAUAGAUAUCUUGAACAGAAGAGAAGAAGAGAGGCAGAGGAAGGUUCUCAUGGGUCAAAAGAAAGAGCUCAAGCUGGUCCAAACAAUCAUGGGGUUCCAAAUGCAUUCAUGUCUCCAGACUCUGCUGGUAAGGAUUCAAGUGCAAGACCAGCAGGGCCCGCUGGUUCAAGCUCUGUCAAUGAAAUGGAUGUGACAGGAUACUAUGGGGCUGAUCUACUUUCUGUACCUGAAAAACGUUUAUGCUGUGAACAUAGGUUGCCUCCAGCCAUCUUCCUGAAGAUGCAAGAGAUUCUGUCGGUAGAAAUACUGAGUGGCAAUGUCACAGCCAAAUCUGAUGCCCACCACUUGUUCAACAUGGAUAGCAGCAAGAUUGAUUGCGUGUACGAUAUUCUCGUGAAGAAGGGGAUUGCUAUGCCCUGACUGAUUUAUAUCUCCUGAUUCUUCUAAUGUGUACUCGCAUUACUCUCUUGUAUCUCCAGAAAAACAACGUUGAGAUACUGGGAUAUCUUUGUAUCAAUAUAUUUAAUCAAACGGUGGCAUCAAGUUCCGUGGUGUGUGAAACUGAUUCAUUCUAAUGUUGAUAUACACGCUUGUCUUUUGUGUUCUA